CAAUAGAAGAAGAAGACCUGUCCUGCAGCCACCCAUACUUGGAUAGUUCCAAACAUUGCGCAGACGCCCAUUCAUUUGAUUGCUUCACAGAACACACUCGCUGAUCUGUUCCACCCGGCGAUCCACACAGCGACAUUCAGUGAAGCCAUUCACUAGUAACGGACCACUUCAUUCAAAAGUACCAGUAUACCAAAUCCAGUGUGACAUAGUUGAAAACAAAAUCUAAAAUGAGCGUUGAAGACAUGAUUGAUCCAGACCCCUGCAGAAUGAAACAUGAAGAUAUUGAGAUACAAAUAGAUAUGUUAAACGAUGAAAGUGAUGAACUGAAUGAAGUUGAAGAGAAACAUCAGGGUCAGAAACCUCAGAAUCGAAUGGCUUUCACCUGCCCUCAGUGUAGAAAGUGUUUUGAAUGCAAAAGUCAUCUUGAGGAGCACACAAGAGUUCACACCGGAGAGCGCCCGUACACAUGUCCUCAGUGUGGGAAGAGUUUUAGACGCAGAAGUCAUUUUGAGGUUCACAUAAGAAUUCACACCGGAGAGCGCCCAUUCACAUGUCCUCAGUGUGGAAAGAGUUUUAAACGCAGAAGUCAUUUUGAGGGGCACAUGAGAAUUCACUCCGGAGAGCGCCCGUACACAUGUCCUCAGUGUGGAAAGAGUUUUAAACGCAGAAGUCAUUUUGAGGUUCACAUAAGAAUUCACACCGGAGAGCGCCCGUACACAUGUCCUCAGUGUGGAAAGAGUUUUAAACACAAAUGUAAUUUUGUGGACCACAUGAGAAUUCACACUGGGGAGCGCCGGUACACGUGUCCUCAGUGUGGAAAGGGUUUCGUAAACAAAUCAACGCUUGAGAAGCACAUGACAAUUCACUCUGAAGAGCGCCCAUACACAUGUUCUCAGUGUGGAAAGAGUUUCAAACGCAAAUGUAAUUUUGUGGAGCACAUGAGAAUUCACACCGGAGAGCGCCCGUUCACAUGUUCUCAGUGUGGAAAGAGUUUCAAACACAAAAGUCAUUUUGAGGACCACAAAAGAAUUCACACUGGAGAGCGCCCAUAGUUGGCUAAAUGUUGAAUUAUGUUGAAUGGCAUGUUUCAAAUAUAGUAGGGAAACCUCAAAUUAAAAUGUUGUUACUUUUUGCAUAUUCAUAUUCAAACUAUUCAGAGAAGGACGUUGCUUCACAAUGCCGGAGAAGAAUUUUGUUUUUGGCUUAAUGACUGCAUAUAGAACUUUCAGCAUCCAAAAAUAUCUUUCAGAUUCUUUGUAGUAGAGAAAGAUCCUUCAGAUUUAAAAAAAGUAAUCUUAAUAAAGACAUGGGUCUUAUAAGAACCUUUAGGUGAAUAGUUUUUAGGGAGCUAAAAAUGGUGGUGCUAUGGCAUCUCUGUGAAGCAUGUUUUGUAGCACUUUUUUUAAGAAUGUAGUAUGGUGAAAAUUGCAGUAGACUAAAAAAAAAGUACAGUGAGGGAAAUAAGUAUUUGAUCCCCUGCUGAUUUUGUAAGUUUGCCUACUUACAAACAAAUGAAGGGUCUAUAAUUUUUAUGGUGGGUUUAUUUUAACUGAUAGACACAGAAUAUUAAAAAAAAUCAGGGGAAAAAAUGUUAUAUAAAGGUUAUAAAUUGAUUUGCAUUUCAGUCAGUGAAAUAAGUAUUUGAUCCCCUACCAACUAGCAAGAAUUCUGGCUCCACAGAUUGGUUAUGUGCCUAUAUGGACCACAGAUUAGUCCUGUCACUUUAAGAAAGUACUCCUAAAUCAGCUUGUUAUGUAUAUAAAAGAUGCCUGCCAACAGAAUCUGUAUCUUCCAGUUCAACCUCUCCAACACCAUGGUCCAGACCAAAUAGGUUUUAAAGGAUGUCAGCGACAAGAUUGGAGACCUGCACAAACCUUGACUAGGCUACAGACAGAAGCUUGGUGAGAAGGAGACAACUGUUGGUGGGAUUAUUUGGAAAUAGAAGAUAUACAAAAUAACUAUCAAAUGCCCUUGUUCUGGAGCUCCCUGCAAUAUUUCCCCAAUGGGGUAAAGAUGAUCAUGAGAAAUGUUAAAGAUCAGCCCAGAACUACACGGAAGAAGCCUGUUAAUGAUUUCAAGACAGUUGGGAACACAGUUAGCAAGCAAAACAUUGGUAACACGCUAUGCCACAGUAGACUGAAAUCCUGAAGCACCCGCAAGGUCCUCCUGCCCAAGAAGGCCCGCCUGGCUCGUCUUAAGUUUGACAAUGAACAUAAAAAUGAUUCAGAAAAGGCUUUGGCGAAAGUGCUGGCACUGCUGUGAGACCAAAAUGGACUCCUGUGUUUGGAGGGAGAGAAAUGCUGACUAUGAGCCCAAGAACAUCAUGUCUACAGAGAAGCACAGUGUUGGAAACAUUCUGCUUCAGGGCUUUUUCUCUGCUACAGGUAUACAGGAUGACUUCACCGCAUUGAGGGGCUGAGGGACGGGCCCAUGUACCGUAAAAUCUUGGACGAGAACCUCCUCCCCUUAACUAGGUCACUGAAGAUGGGUCAUGGAUGAGCCUUUAACAUGACAAAGACGCAAAACAUAUUGCCAAGACAACCAAAUAGUGGCUUAAGGAGAAGCACAUUAAAUGUCCUAGCCAGUCUCUAGACCCUAGUCCUAUAGAACCUCUGUGAAGGAGGCUAAAACUCCAAUUUGCUGAGCGACAGCCAAGAAACCUUAAAGAUUGACAGAGGAGUGGACUAAAUGUAUCCGGACACAUGUGCAAACCUGGUGACCAACUAUCAGAAAUGUCUGACCUCUGUGCUUGCCAACAAGGGUUUCUCCACAAAGUACAAAGUUAUGUUUUGCUUGGGGAUCAAAUACUUAUUUCACCGACUGAAAUGCAAAUCAAUUUAU